AUGAACGAGAAUAAACUUAUUUCCCCACACGAUUUUACACAACAUUUUGUUAAUAUUCUAGAACUUUUUUCAAUGCCGGAAAGAGUUCAAACAAUCAAAACCCCUAGAAUUAUGCCGUACUCUUUUUCAAUUGAACAUUUAUUAUUUUUUGAAUUUUUUAAAUCACUCUCAACUAAAAUUAAAAAUGAUUCUUUUCAAAUUUCACUAGAUAUAAAAAGUAUUUUUGAUAAAUUGCCACUCAAAAACUUAAGCUAUCAUAUCACACUUGACUUAGAUGUAUCAUUCAAAAAAACCAUAUGUGGUGAUAAAAAUAAAAAAAUUUCAAUUUCAGACUGUGAUCAAUCUAUUUUCAUUGUCGACCAUUUUUCAAGACUUUUUGAUAGAUUUAUCUUUUCAAAACCAGAGAUAAUAAGUUAUAAAAGAAUUAGUGCUCUUGUUUCCAAACAGUACCAACUUGUAGAUUACCGUAUGUUUGGUACAAAAUGGUUUAUGUUUUUAAGAAAAGUUCGUCGUUGUUGUGCAGAUAUGAAAGGGUUUGAAGGUUUUCUUAAAAAUUUAGAUUUUGUUAGUUUGUAUUCAUCAAUCCAACCAAUAAAAGUGUCUCAAGGUCAUGAUGAAUAUAUAGUUUCGGAGAUUUAUAAAUUGUAUCCAUCAUUUAAUAUUGAAAAUGAUCCAUUACCGGUACAAGAAGGUGUAAAUGAAUCAGAUAUCGAACAAAUAGCAAUUAAUUCCGAAAAUAUUCAAAAAAUUAAUAGUCAACCAAAUAAAAGACCAAAUAAUCAAAUAUAUUCGAGAAGUCAACUUUCACUUGUAGAUUUUCAUGCCCGAAAACUUCAAAAAAUUAGUAUCGAUCCCCAUAAACUUUCCCUUAAUCAAGCAAAAGAAAAAUUUAAAAAUAACACUGGUUCUGACGAUGAUACAUUCAAUAGAUUUCAAAAUUUUAGCAUUGAUUCUGAAGAUGGUAACGAUUUUAGUGACACCGGCGAUGAUGACGAUGACGAUGACGAUGACGUUGACAAUGACGUUGACAAUGACGAUGACGAUGACGAUGACGAUAAUGAUGAUGAGUUCAAAGAAAUACAUAACAUUUGUUCAGUAUCGCACAAUGGAGUGUCUAUUAGCAACAAAGUUACAGAGAAAAUUAUUUCAGUUUCAAAUGUAAUUAAGCUUACUUUAAUUGAAAUAUCAAAAAAUAAAAAAGAAGUAAAUUCAGAAGUGGUUCUUUCAAUUUUUAAAAAUUUACAAGAAGGUUCAUUCAAUAGCCAAUUGGUUGACAGUUUUUUUGGAAUAAAUAAAUGUGAUAAGGUUAUUACUUUUCCAAACUCCAUUUUAACUUACUUAGCUUCCACAGAUUUAAAUAAAAUAAAAAUAAACGAAAUUAGUAAUGAAGUCUUUGAUUUAACAAAAAACCUAUUUUUAGAUGAAUCUGUAAAUGUUCUCAUCCCUACUAUAAGUGAACAAAAUAAAAUUGGAUUCAUAUGGGUCCCAAUCAAAGAUGAUAAUAUAAAUACAACCAUAAACCUUAUACCAAUGGAUAUAGACCCAUGUCAUUCCCAAAUAAAGUCAAUAUCAAGAUUUAUUCAAUUUUGUAUUUUAAUUAAAAAGAUCAACCAAUUUAUUGUCAAUAUAAAUAUUUCCUUUGAUUUAUUCAAAAAAAUUUCAAUGAACUUAAUUGGUUUAUCACAAAAUUUACUCUUAAUGGAGGCCGAAGUUGAGAGGUUAAAAAGUGGACGUUGCUCAAAUGAUUUAUUUCAUUCAAAAAGAGCCAACGACAAUGAACAAAGGAAAUUCUCGCUUAUGGUAAAUGAGUUUUUAAUUGAAAAUAGUAAUAUAAUUAAAAUGUCAAUAUUAAAUAAUUGCUUAGAAUUACGUUCUCUGCCUUUAACAAAUCUCAAUGUUGAAUAUGACCCUGUUACUCUUUUACACAAGUUAGGAUUUAUUUUUCACUGUCGUCAAGAAAUUUCAAAGUUUAAUUAUAACCAUUUCAUUUCAAUUGAUGAAGUUAUAAAACUUUUCAAACCAAAUAACGUUACUGCAAAGUCAUGUGAAAUUGAAAAUAAUAUUAAACAAUAUUACGCUUUAAAAUCAAGUGAUUGUAGUAAACAUAAACAAACUGAAGAAUCUUUCGUUCCAUUAAAUUUUAUUCGAUUUCUAAAUAUAUCAAUUACAAUAGCUCCGUAUAAUGUUAAUAACACAUUUUCAUUUAGAAAUAUUAAAAAGGGAUUUUCAAUUACAAAUUUAGAGUUAUUUAGUCUUUUAAAAUCUGAAAGACCAGAAAAACAAUUUAAGGAUUACGUUGGUGAUACUCGUAGAAUAAAACUUAGUUUUGUUUCGCCUUGUUUAAUUAAAAUAACUGAUAUUACUUAUUGUUUUAGUUUUUCAAAAAGUAAUGAAUAUAACUAUCGUAAAAUCAAAUCAUUUAAAAUUCAUAAUCUAUCAAUUGUUCCAAUUGACAUCAAAUCUAACAAUAAAUUGAUCAAAACAAUUGAACCAAUUUCAGUGGAAAACGUAGAUAUCAAUCAUUCCAGUUUUAAUUUCUCGAUAUCAUGUUACGAUAUUAUUUUUUCAACAAUAAUUAUCUCAAAAGCAAGAUUAGAUGAAUUAAAAAAUUAUAAAAUUGCAUUGCCUAAGAAUUUAUCGACCGUUCAGGACCAAUUUGUUAAAAUUGUCACUAAUUUUGCAUCUAAAAUUAAUGAAUUAAAAGACUUAACUGAUUUAGAAAAACACAUUAUCAGUCAAUAUUUAUUAACACAAGAAAAUAAAAAUAAAAAAGCACAAGAGCGAGAAAGACAAAAAAUACAAGAACAACAAGAACAACAAGAACAACAAGAACAACGAGAACGACGAGAACAACAAGAACAACAAGAACAACAAGAACAACAAGAACAACAGGAACAACAAGAACAACAAGAACAACAAGAACAACAAGAACAACAAGAGCAACAAGAACAACAAGAACAACGAGAACAAGAAGAACAAGAAGAACAACGAGAACAAGAAGAACAAGAAGAACAAGAAGAACAAGAAGAACAAGAAGAAGAAGAAGAAGAAGAAGAACAAACAAAAAAGAAAAAAAAACAAAAAAAAACAAAAAAAAAUAUAAAUAAAAAAAAAUAA